AAGUAAGAAAUGUAAACAAAUGAUGGCGGGAGAUGGACGGGAGUAUAGAAUUUAUUAAACUUUUACCAAUUGUACAUGCGUUUUGUGUAUGAUGUGUGUUAUAAUGGUACAGUAUGGAUCAGCUGAUAUUUCUCCCAGUCCAAAACCUGCGAUUUAAAGAUCUGUAUGACUGGUCUAUACCUGUAGAAAGGUGCAAAUCAAACAAGGUAAUUUUGACCCCGCCAGCUUCGCCGAGGAAGAAUGGUGUGGUUAUUCCACACAAAGAAAAAGAACAUGGGACUUUGACACAAGCCAAUGAGCAGGAUUUAGCAUUAUUUCGUUACAAGACCAGAGUUUAUGCUGUGAGAGAGGAGUGUCCUCAUGCAGGAGGUCCUCUUCACUUGGGUGAUAUAGAAGAGCUUGGGGAUGAAACACUGGUUGUAAAAUGUCCCUGGCAUGGAUGGAAGAUUGACCUUGAAUCAGGAUGUGUCAAGUUCCCAAAAGGUCAUGACCUUCAGUCAACUGUGGUUUAUCCUGUAAAGGUCACAGAUGAUGGUCAACUGUACAUAGGCUUUGACAGUCUGUAUGGAGGUUAUUUUAGAGCGGAGGAUUGUGAUUUUUAAUUUAUUUUAUUAAUGCUAAAUACAUUUUGUGUUAGAUUUGUAUGGACUAUAUUUGCACAAUUGUUAUCCUUACCAGUAUUGUAAUUUUUAUUUUAAUUUGUUUUUUUUGGUUUUUGUGGCUGAGAUAUUUAUAAGUCAGGGAAAUUUGUAGAUUUAAGAAGCUUAAGUGAUAAAUUACUAUGAAAAUGGCGAGUUAAAGUAUUUUUUGUUGGAAAAAAAUGGCGAGUUAAAGAUAAAUUAUUCUGAAUAUUUUUUGUUGAAGAAAAAUGGCGAGUUAAAGGUGAAUCAUUAUGAAUAUUUUUUGUUGGAGAAAAUGGCGAGUUUAAGAUAAAUUAUUCAGAAUAUUUUUUGUUGAAGAAAAAUGGCGAGUUAAAGAUGAAUUAUUCUGAACAUUUUUUGUUGAAAAAAUGGCAAGUUAAAGAUAAAUUAUUCAGAAUAUUUUUUGUUGAAGAAAAAUGGCGAGUUAAAGGUGAAUCAUUAUGAAUAUUUUUUUUUGUUGGAAAAAAUGGUGAGUUAAAGAUGAAUUAUUCUGAAUAUUUUUUGUUGGAGAAAAUGGCGAGUUUAAGAUAAAUUAUUCAGAAUAUUUUUUGUUGAAGAAAAAUGGCGAGUUAAAGAUGAAUUAUUCUGAACAUUUUUUGUUGAAAAAAUGGCAAGUUAAAGAUAAAUUAUUCAGAAUAUUUUUUGUUGAAGAAAAAUGGCGAGUUAAAGGUGAAUCAUUAUGAAUAUUUUUUUUGUUGGAAAAAAUGGUGAGUUAAAGAUGAAUUAUUCUGAAUAUUUUUUGUUGGAGAAAAUGGCGAGUUUAAGAUAAAUUAUUCAGAAUAUUUUUUGUUGAAGAAAAAUGGCGAGUUAAAGAUGAAUUAUUCUGAACAUUUUUUGUUGAAAAAAUGGCAAGUUAAAGAUAAAUUAUUCAGAAUAUUUUUUGUUGAAGAAAAAUGGCGAGUUAAAGGUGAAUCAUUAUGAAUAUUUUUUUUUGUUGGAAAAAAAAUGGUGAGUUAAAGAUGAAUUAUUCUGAAUAUUUUUUGUUGGAAAAAAUGGCGAGUUUAAGAUGAAUUAUUCUUAAUAUUUUUUGUUUGAAAAAAAUGGCGAGUUAAAGAUGAAUUAUUCUGAACAUUUUUUGUUGAAAAAAUGGCGAGUUAAAGAUGAAUUAUUCUGAACAUUUUUUGUUGAAAAAAUGGCAAGUUAAAGAUAAAUUAUUCAGAAUAUUUUUUGUUGAAGAAAAAUGGCGAGUUAAAGGUGAAUCAUUAUGAAUAUUUUUUUUGUUGGAAAAAAAAUGGUGAGUUAAAGAUGAAUUAUUCUGAAUAUUUUUUGUUGGAAAAAAUGGCGAGUUUAAGAUGAAUUAUUCUUAAUAUUUUUUGUUUGAAAAAAAUGGCGAGUUAAAGAUGAAUUAUUCUGAACAUUUUUUGUUGAAAAAAUGGCGAGUUAAAGAUGAAUUAUUCUGAACAUUUUUUGUUGAAAAAAUGGCAAGUUAAAGAUAAAUUAUUCAGAAUAUUUUUUGUUGAAGAAAAAUGGCGAGUUAAAGAUGAAUUAUUCUGAACAUUUUUUGUUGAAAAAAUGGCAAGUUAAAGAUGAAUUAUUCAAAAUAUAUUUUUUGUUGCAGAAAAAUGGCGAGUUAAAGGUGAAUCAUUAUGAAUAUUUUUUUUUUGUUGGAAAAAAAAUGGUGAGUUAAAGAUGAAUUAUUCUGAAUAUUUUUUGUUGGAGAAAAUGGCGAGUUUAAGAUGAAUUAUUCUGAAUAUUUUUUGUUGGAAAAAAUGGCGAGUUUAAGAUGAAUUAUUCUUAAUAUUUUUUGUUUGAAAAAAAUGGCGAGUUAAAGGUGAAUCAUUAUGAAUAAUAUUUUUUGUUGGAAAAAAAUGGCGAGUUAAAGAUGAAUUAUUCUGAACAUUUUUUGUUGAAAAAAUGGCGAGUUAAAGAUAAAUUAUUCAGAAUACUUUUUGUUGAAGAAAACUGGCGAGUUAAAGGUGAAUCAUUAUGAAUAUUUUUUUUUGUUGGAAAAAAAUGGUGAGUUAAAGAUAAAUUAUUCUGAAUAUUUUUUGUUGGAAAAAAAUGGCAAAUUAAAGAUGAAUUAUUCUGAAUAUUUUUUGUUGGAAAAAAUGGCGAGUUAAAGGUAAAUUAUUAUGAAUAUUUUUUGUUGAAAAAAAUGGCGAGUAAAAGGUAAAUUAUUAUGAAUAUUUUUUGUUGAAGAAAAAUGGCAAGUUAAAGAUGAAUCAUUAUGAAUAUUUUUUUUGUUGGAAAAAAUAGUGAGUUAAAGUGAAUUAUUAUGCACAUUUUUUGUUGGAAAAAAAUGGUGAGUUAAAUAUCAAUUAUUAUGACUAUUUUCUAUAGGAAAAAAAUGGCGAGUUAAAGGUAAAUUAUUAUGACUAUUUUUUACAGGAAAAAGGUGCCAGUUUAAAAUAAAUUAUCAUGAAUAUUUUUUAUAGGAAAAAGAGUGGUUAGUUUGUGAUGUAGCUAUAGUAUACACUUACUGAAUUCUUGCCAGUUAAUAGUCAAAACUGUUGCCCAAGGUCUGAAAGCCCAAGGGCCAAAAGUUUUGAUUAUUAAACAACAAGCUAUUCAGUAAGUGUUUAUUACAUGACAUUACUGUUUUAUUUUUUAAUUUUUGAUUUUAUUAUGUUGAAUACAACCUGGUCAUGAAGCACAAACUUUGUACCGGAAAUUUAUAUAAGGAAUUAUGUAACCAUACUUAUACUUGUAUGUAUGUUUAUGUAAAUUUUUGUUAAGGUUUUGGGUUGUUGUGUUUCAGCUGUCUUAGAUUUUAGCGAUUCUUUAUACUUUUCUAUAAUUUUUAAUGCUUUUCAAAUAGAAUUGAAAGAUAUUUUAUCUAUAUAUCUUAAAUAGGACAGCAAAACAGGCCUUUAAAGGUGAUGAGUGUAAGGUGAAUGAUGCUUGUAAUUUCCUUGUAGCUUACCUGAUGAUUUUACAAAUUAUUUAAUGUAUAAUCAAAGCUUCCUGACCUUUUAUGGCCCAGAUGUCAAAUACCUGGAGGUAUGUGUUUGAACUGUCCAUUGUUCUGUCUGUCACACUUUCUUUUGUACUAAACUUCUGCAGUUUUCAUCCUACUCUAAUGAAGUAUACAUCAGCAUGAAGGAUUUCUCUCUCUGUGAUUUGGGGGCUUUAUCUCACCCUGUCCCUCUGGUCAGGUACUAGUAGAGGAUGAAUUUCGCUCCCUGUGUGGCUGGGUUUGUGCUAUGUAAAGCGCCUUUGAACGUGUUUAUCAUGAAAAGGGCACUAUAUAAAUCUGGUAUGAUAAUAAUGAAGUGAACAUAUGGGUCUUGUCAGGAUUCCAUGUCUGAAUGUAAAGACAGUCCAGAUACGCACCUAUUCUUGGCUCUACAAUAUUGCAGCUGCAUUUAUCCCUUGUGUACUCAACUCACCCUACAGUUUUCAUCCAGUUCAAUUGAAACAUCAGCAUCAAGUGAAUAUGCACAUUUUCCUGCAUUUAAUCUUAUAGUCAGCCCCUUUCUGACUGUGUUUUAUUGUAGGAAGCAUUAUCAGGGGUCAUGUGUCAGUGUUAACAUUAUUCUUGAUGUUGAAAAAUAUUUUAGAUUUUAAUUCACAACAGACAGUUUCUACAGUUCUAAUUUUUACAAAGAUGCACCUUUUAUCUUCAGUUAACUUUGUGCAGAUAUCUUAUGCAGCAGUAACUUAUCAUUUCAUGAGAAUUUUACUAAUAUUCACCUGUAUGUACAGACCAAAUUUCAAUAAUAAUCUCUGUAUAUGUUUGUAGUUGUGAUAAUUUUUGAGUUUGAAUUUUUCUUGACUCACAAAUAGUCAUGUGACUUGAUACAAAGAGAAACUGAUGCUUCGUAGAGGAAAAAAUAGAUUUAUUUUUGUCGAACAGGGUUUAAUUUACACAUUGAUAUUUCUAGAUAAAUUUUCUAUUUAACAGAUUAUUAUUAAACUUUUACAUGUUAUUAGUGAUAUUUUUACAGUUAUUAGAAGCUAAUUGGUCAAUGAAAAGGUAAAAAUUUGUUGAUAGUUUCUAUUAUUGAUAUUAUUUUGUUCUUUAAAAUUAAUGAUAUAAAUCAGUUAAGAAUUGCUUUAAAAUACAAUAAUGGAGUAAUUAUUUUUUGGAGUGUUCAAAAGUUACAGAUAUUUAAAUUGUCUAGUCAAUAAGUUGUUGGUAUUAUAAAAAUUCAUGUUGUUUGAAAAGAUAUUGUUGAACUUGUACAAAUGGAUUAUAAUGACAUAAGGGAAGGGACUUCAUUAGAGUGAAAUAACAAAUGUAGUUUAACUUUAAGGGAGAUAAAGCAGUGUAGACCAAAAACUAGUAGUGUUAUUAGCCGGUAGAUCUCCCCUGUUGUUUUAGGGGUCAGUAGCCAAAGGUCAAGACUACAGUGACCUUGAGACUGGAAACAGUUUUCAGUCAGUAAGUGUAGAAUACAGUGUAGUUAGUAGAAAGGUCAGUUAUUUUGGGGGUCAGUAGAUGAGCCACCCAGGGCCAGUUGGGCCUCUUGUUAAUUGUAAAAUUUUUGUUGCCCUUGGGGGCUUACAGUUGAAAAAGUUCUGGUUGUUGGCUGAUAAAGUUUGGAGCAGUUCUAUUUACCAAUUUAUGUAACAAUACUGAUUAAGUUUGAAUUACCUCAAAAAAUAAGUGUCUAAAAUGUUACAACUUAGGGCAAACUUUUAUAGUGGAUCUGUUAAGCAUUAUCUUUAUUAUGUAUAGGGCAGAUAUAUGAAAAAUCAAAAAUUUGAAAUUCAGAAAAUAGGUAGAGCUAUUGCAUUUGGCCAUUCAGAGGGGUCCGCAUAUGUCUGAGUUUUGAUUUGAUUUGAUUCAGUUCUUGUAACCAUGACAUACUAUGAUGAUCUGACUUGCAACUGCACUGGUUCCAUAACCAUAUUUUCCAACUUCACAAAGUUGUGUCCCUGUUUUGACAGCAAUUUUUGGUAAAGUUUUUGUACGUAAGCUGGGUCUCUUCAGCUACCACUUGUGGGAAUGGAUUGGAACAUCCUACACUUGUUCUCUCAAUCUGUGAUGGUCUGACAUGCAGUACAAAGGUUUGGUAACUCUUAGCAAUUUAUGAUUGAAUUUUUCUGUGUUAGCUGAUACCUCAGUAGUCACUGGAAGGAAUGAAUUGAAACUUAACACUCUUGUUACCUGUGAUGUGCACUACACUGGUUCCAUAACUCGUGCAUUGCAACUGCAUUUUGCUUUUUCAAAGUUCAGUGUGCAGGCUGAUCUUAGUCUGCACUGUUCGCUAUUCAGUCAAUAAAUUUUCAGUGAACACCCCUUUGAAUAAUAAAUGGUAUUGUCCAAAUGGAAUGAUGGAUCAGUCCAUUUUAGAAAUUCAAGCUAAAGGUCAAUUUAAUGUAAAUGUAUAUGAUGGUCAUUGUAGUUUUAGUUUGCUGAAAAGUAUAUGUUAUUAGAUUAGCCAAUGUUAUUGGGUGGUGGGCAUCAAACUCACCAUGUUCGCUUAUGUUGAGGGUUUGGCUACAAAUUUGUCCUGUCCACUAGUAUUUGGGAUGGGCUUCAAACCCAUCAUGUCUGUUCAUGGGUUGUGGGAGUCAAACACUUCAUGUCUGCUUAUCUUAGGUUGUGGAUGUCAAACCAUUCAUGUCCACUUAUGUUGGGUGGUGGGUAUGACACUUAAGUCUGCUCAUGAUUGGUUGUGGGUGUGAAAUUUGUCAUCUUCACCUAUAGCAAGCUUAUAUCAAUACCAAGGCUGGGAUGGCAUAUAGAGUCAUUGGGUCAAGGUCAUUCAGAUUUAAAGACGGAAAAAAAAAGUGCCUUCUCAAUACCUUGACCUUUGAUUGAUAUAUUUAGAUGAAACUUGGUCUAGAGGUAGCUUAUAUUGAGAACAACGUGAAGAUUGCAUAUUAGUUAUGUUAGGUCAAGGUCAGUGUUACGAAAGAUAGAGAAACAAUGUUUCCUCAGUUACUAAAGUUAGGUAUAAGAAAAGAAAAUCAGUAACACUUGAGUCUGUAGGAAGUUUAUAUGAAUACCAUUGUUAGGCCUGUUGGUGCAAGGUGAGACAACUUUUACUUUAACCUUUAGCCUGCUGGCGGCAAGUGUUUCUGUCUUUGAAACCAGUGCAGACCAAGAUCAGCCUGCACAUUUGUUCACUCUGUUCACUAUUCAGUCAGUAAAUAUUCAGUGAACACCCCUUACAAAAAUAAAUGGUAUUGCCUAAAUUGAAUGAUGGACCAGUCCAUUUUAGAAAUUUAGCAGGCUGAAGGUUAAAGGAAAAGAAUAAAAUUAAUCAAAUUACACUAACAUUUACUUAAAUAUUUAUUGCAAAGGAUGUCAUUAGGUCUAAAUCACUUUUUUAAAAGUAGAAAAAGUUUGUUUGCCACUAGUUUUGGAAAAGAGUCAUCAGGAAGUAGAGGUUUUUUUCUUCUUUUAAAUGGUUUUGCGGAUUUUCAUAGAAUUCUCACUUUUCUUGUUUUAUAGUUUUAUAGGGCAAAUAUGUUAUUUUUAAAAUCAUGUAUAAACAAAUUGUCAGACGAGUUGCAGUUCUGUACUAUUUUAGGGCAAAAUUAAUGUGUUCAAGUUUGAAAAAAAGUUAAUUGUGUCAUUUUAACUCUAUACAUUGGAUAUUUUUGUUAAAAGUUACAGAAUACAUUUUUUAUGAGCAGCUCCUAUUUUAUUGUUACUUUAUUUUGUACUGUUUCUUUUAGGGCAAUCAUUUUAAAACAGAAAACAUUAUAAUUUUCUAUUAAAUAUUCAAGAUACCA